GUUAGAGAUAAGCAGGUGCAGUUUGAUACGAUAAUGGAUACUAUAUAUCUAUGGGGUUGAGUGUGUUGGGCACCCUCCAGAUCCUCUCACCAAACCAAACGGAACUCCUUUCCUUCUUCCAAAUCCGAAUUCACAAUCUGUAGAUUUUCCGAUAUUGAUCGCAAUAAUCGAUUCGUUUAUCUGGGGUUUGCUUUUUGCUAUUGCAAUUUUGUUAACGAAGAAGAAGUAAAUCCGAACACAAUGGGAGAACGCAAGUCUUCAUCUAAGAAAAAAUCUUCCAAAAAGAAGAGACUCAAAAUUUCCUCUAAGAUACGGAAGAGAAAAAGCAGAAGAAACAAAUCCAAGAAGUUAUCCAGUUCUGAGGAUGACUCGUCAUCUUCUGCUUCCUCUGAUUAUUCUAGCAGUCCACAGUCUUUGUCCUCCGAUUCAGAGGUUGAUUAUAGUAGGAAAAGACGUAGGCACUCACGUGACAUGAAACGCGUGAAGAAAAGAACCCAGAGAAGAUCCUCAAGCCGAGAUGUCAGUGAGGGUUCACCCCCUGUAAAGAAAAGAAAAAGGUCAAAUAGAAAGAGUCUUGAUUAUGGGAGAAAAGUGCAGAAGAAAAAGCGAAAGAGACACGCUAGUAUUAGCUCCACUAACAGUGACUCAAGAAGUUGUUCUAGUUGCCGACGUGAAAAUAGUGUUAGCUCCAGAGGUAGAGAUUCUAAAAGCUUUUCCACUUGCCAUGAUGAAACUAAUAGUGGUAAUGAGAACACCAAUCUUCAGAUUCCCAGGAUUAAGUCUAGAAAAAAGAUGAAAGAAAAGAAAAUUCAUAAUGAGCCAAGCACUGGCAGAAGGAGCGGAAGUAGGGGACCAGUUUGUUCUUUAUGUAACCAUCAUUCAUGUUCUUGUAAUACUACUCAUAAUGGGGAGGAAUAUGUGGAAGAGAGUAUUCCUAAGCGCUUAAGAUCUGUUGUUACUAUUCCAGAAAAGACACGUGAGGAAGAGGGUGACGAGCAGGGACCAGAUAUGCUUAAAGAAGAGAUUUUGAAUAAGCACCAUGAUUGUCCUUCAUGCAGAAACCAUGACAAUAAUGACCUGGAAAUUAAAGGGAAAUUAGCUUCUUGUUCUUGUUUCCCGUCCAUUCAAACAAUGCAGGAUGGAAAUUUGAUAAUUGAUGAAACUUUUGGCCCCACAAAAGUUGAUGGUGGUCUGGAUCCUAAACCCAAUAAAGUCAAAGAAGCAAGUCAUGAUAAUGGAGGUGAGAGUGGGAAUUCUGAUAAUAUUGCUAAUACAGGAAUUGAGGAUCUUGAGACUGUCUUACGGAAAAAGGCGUUGGAGAAUUUGCAGAAGUUUCGUAAAGAGUUUCAAACAAAUUUAAAAUCUGGUGCCAAGGAAACAAAGAAUGGCAGUGAUGUUAAUCACUUAUCCCCUUUGAAGACUGAGGUUGUACCAUACAAGUCUCUGGAGCGGGGGGGAAAAGAUGGAUUGGCUUUAAAUCAAGCUGUAAAAUGUAGAAGCAAGCUUGUAACUACUAAGGAAUUUUCUCAUUCCACAGAGAUUGAGAUAAAUACUCCAGUUGAAAAGAAUAAUGGAAAAGGAUCUGGUUGCGUUGAGCCGGGUGUUACACAACCUGCUGAUAGAUCAGCACUCUCAGAGAGUCCAGAACAGGAGAACCAUACCACUGAACCAGUUCUUAGCAAUGAACCUGAACCUGGUAAACUAUUAUGUAGUACCACAGUACAGACAUAUAAAAAGGAAAAUCCAUUGGCUUCCAAGAGAAACAUAAUUAAAACACCAGUUCCCUUGAGACCUGGAGUUCAUAGCACUGGGACCAGCGAUAACUUAGACAUGGGAGCUGUUAAUGCCGGUAUCCGUCCUACUGUAGAAACUACUUCUAGUGUCAGAUCCACAUCUGAUGGACUUACUUCAAAACACCAGCCAGAUGAAACCAAGGAUGCCUCUGAAUUUGAACAAAAGACCAUGUCUGUAAUGAGGGGUGGUGAGACGGUACAGGUAAACUACAAGGUCUACAUCCCCAAGAGGGCCCCUGCUCUGUCCAGGAGAAAACUCAAUCGGUGAUGUGGCUCAGUUAAAUUUUCAUGCCAAUUUAAUCUGUGAAUGCUUGUGUAUCAAAAAACAUUUUCCCGACUGUGAAGCUAUGAGCUCUUUUAUCCUACAGAAGAAAGCUGAUGGACAAAGAUAUCUUUAGCUAUGUUUGUGUAGAACAGAAAAAAGAAUAAAAAUUUAAGCAUUUCACAAUGAAGCUCUCGUAUUUCCUUCCGUGUCGUUCUAUUUGGAUGUACUUAAUAUUUUCCAUAGUUAUUGAGAACAUAUUUAAGAGGAUAUUUUCCCCAUUUGGCUGCAAUCUGCUAAAUGUGUGUUGAAUUUUAUAAUUUAGCAGAUUCAGCUCAAACUUUUUGGUGAUUGACUGGAACGUCUUAAAUGCUUA